AAAACCAACAAAACAGGACAAUUAUUAACUCUAGGAAAACAAAAAGUUAUGCAAGAAAGGAAAAGCAAUCAUAGUUUGGUAUACAACUUGGCCGUAACUAUUGUUUGCAUGAUUAUAGUAGCACAAAUACUGACGAUUAAUGUAAUCCAAAUCAGAAUAUAACUAUUUUGGGAAUAUGGAGAGGUAAAAACGUUGGGGGUGAACAUGGCGGGGGAGGGGGCGGAGUGAUGGAUAAAGAAAGCUACAGUCUCCUCUUGUGUCUCAGCACUCAGGCCCAAGGCAGAGCCUCUGUUCCAUGAGUGGCCACGGACCGGAAUCGUUGGAAGAAGGGAUCCCCUAGCUCUCCACUCACCCAGGACUUAGCCUCAGCAAAAGGAGGCUAGGAGCUGGAUGAGAAACGCUGACAUCCUGUUCCACUGACCAGGAGCUGUGGGGAGGAGGCUCUGUGCUCUUGCCUGCAGCAUCUGAGUGGAGUCUUGUCCUGCUGAGCUGAGAGAGGGAAGGAAGGGAGAGGUGCUGGUGCAAACCUCACAGGAGCUGGUUUCUUACCAAAGAAUUUUCACAUUUUUGAAUAGUUUCUUCAGUUGCUGUUUGCCCUUAUGACCAUUUCCAGAGGCUUUAAGUGGUUGUUUGUUGCUGUUCUAAACAAUCUUUACCAGUUUCAUUCGGGGUGAGCCCGCCCAGCUCUUCACGCUGUCAUGCGGGUAGUCAAUGCCUUUAGCUUUGAAUCUUGCAACUCUCCUGUAAGUUUAAAAUUACUUCAAGAAAAGUUAAGACAUUUUUAAAAAGUCACAAGAAAGUAGUUAUUAGGAAUAAGUAGGUUAAAACAUACAGCCCCUUCACUUUUGCUGUUUAUUGUUUCCAUUGGUAACGAGCCAUAACAGCUCCUAGAACUACUUUAAAUAUACGCCCCAGAGAGUAAACAGGAAGCGGCGGCGUGGCAGCCUCCCUGGAGAGUAGGAGAAUAUUUCAAAUCAAGGGACUCCUGGGGGCCGGUGAGUGGGACCUCUAGGUAUUCAACUUUUUAGGGUGAAAACUGAGACAGUCCGGGGCCAGCCGAGGCCGCCGGAGGGGGAGUGGGCAGGGCAGCGCCACGCAGAGCGGUCGCCCAGCACCACGUCCACUUGCAGGCUUUCGGUUUCUUGGCCUCCAUCUUGCCCGCGCUUCCCCGGCGUCUGGGAGAGUGAAGGCGGCAGGUCGGAGCGAGCGGAGAACCCCGGCGGUGGGCAGGCUGAACUCCUCCAUUGGAAAGGAUUCUGAAGGAAAUGAAGAAAGCCUUCAGAAAUGAAUUUGACAGCUUCAUGGCUUUCUGUUAACUGGACUGGAGCUUUAUUACAACAGUUCCUUGGAAGGACACUGUGCAUGAUGUCUGCUGAGGUUAUCCAUGAGGUUGAAGAGGCACUUGACAAAGAUGAGAAGGAGAUGCUUCUUUUUCUUUGCCGGGAUGUUGCUGCAGACGUGGUUCCACCUAAUGUCAGGGACCUUCUGGAUGUUUUGAAUGAGAGAGGUAAGCUGUCUGCUGUGGCCUUGGCUGAGCUGCUCUACAGAGUGAGGCGGUUUGACCUGCUCAAGCGGAUCUUGAAGAUGGACAAAACAGCAGUAGAGGCCCACCUGCUCAGGCACCCUCACCUUGUUUCGGACUAUAGAGUGCUGAUGACAGAGAUUGGCGAGGAUUUGGAUGAAUCUGACGUGUCUUCAUUAAUUUUCCUCAUGAGGGAUUACACAGGCCGAGGCAAGAUAGCCAAGGAUAAGAGUUUCUUGGAUCUUGUGAUUGAAUUGGAGAAACUAAAUCUGAUUGCUCCAGAUCAAUUGGAUUUAUUAGAAAAAUGCCUGAAGAACAUUCACAGAAUAGACCUAAAGACAAAAAUCCAGAAAUACAAGCAAUCUGGCUCAGGAACAAGUUACGUGAAUGCUCUCCAAGCCUCUCUCCCAAACUUGAGUCUCAAGGAUCCUUCAUAUAACUUAAGGGUGAGUCUGGAGCAACCAUGUGGAAUACCAGCAUGAAAAAGUUUCAGAGCUUUGAGAAAAAUAUACAUAUUCUCACUGCACAUAUAUUAUUUAAUAUCUGAAAAAAUUGUGAUAGAAAUGUCUUUUUUUAAAAAAUAUGUCACCCAUAUCCCACUACCUAAAGACAACAGCUGAUAAUAUUUUGGUGUAUUUCCUCUAGUUUCUUUUCUGUGUAUGUUUGCAUGUAUAUCUGUAUAUAUAGUUGGGACAUUUUUUCAUUGUUCCUUUGAAAAUGUAACUUCUUAAAUAAAAAUAGAUAGGACAUACCUCUUGACAAAAAAUUCAACAUGUAUUAAAAAUAUAUUUUCUUGUUACCCCUAUAAUAUUGACUACCAGUUCCUUUCUCCAGAGGCAGCUGUUAUUGACAUUUCUUCUGUUACCUUAUAGAGAUAGUACGUGAACAUAUAAUAUUUCAUUGUUUAGAUUUUGUACAAAUGGUAGCACACUAUGCCCAUUGUUGUGCUCUGGACAUUAUUGGAAAUUUGCCCACAUGAUUCAUAUGGAACUUCCUGUUUAAUUAUUAUUUUGAAUGAUCAUACAUGGCUCCAUUUUCUAGAUGUAUUGUAAUGUGAUAAUUGUUGAUAUGCAUUUAGAUUGUUUCCAAUAUUUUGUUACCGCAAUGUUGUAAAAUAAAUAUCCUUGUACUUAC